AUUGCAUUGGUAAAGUCCACAGUAGUCCACACUACGGGUAGAUCUAGAUCUAACACUCACAGGCCCAGGAUCUAGAUCUAUAAUUCAUAGAAAUGCCGACUCUUUCUGUAAAAAGAGACGAGCUGUUUCAAGCUAUUGGUCAAUCAUACACUGAUGAGGAGUUUGAUGAAGUGUGCUUUCAGUAUGGGCUGGAACUUGAUGAAGUGACAUCAGAAAAAGAGCAGAUAGAAAGAGAGAAGGGUGUUGGUAAAGCUGUUGGUGCUUCUGAAGCUGUGGAAUACAAGAUAGAAAUUCCAGCAAAUAGAUAUGAUCUGCUGUGUCUAGAAGGACUGGUGAGGUGUUUGCGUGUGUUUUUAGGAAAAGAAAAAGCCCCUCAGUACAAGGUUGUGAGACCAGAUGGAGAUAAGAUACAAAGGCUGGUUAUUCAGAGCUCAACAGCUCAAGUUCGUCCCCAUUGUGUGUCUGCUGUACUUAGGAAUAUCAAAUUUAAUGAAGCUCGUUAUAACAGUUUCAUAGACCUUCAAGAUAAACUACACCAGAAUGUUUGCAGAAAGAGGACAUUGGUUGCCAUAGGAACACAUGAUCUGGACUCACUGCAAGGACCAUUCAGUUAUGAGGCUCUUCCACCAAAGGAGAUUAAAUUUAAGCCACUGAACCAAACACAAGAGUACACAGCAGAGGAGUUGAUGGACUUGUAUUCUGGUGAAAGCCAUUUGAAGCCAUAUCUGCCAAUCAUCAAGGACAAACCUGUGUACCCAGUGAUCUAUGAUAAAAACAGGGUUCUCUUGUCCAUGCCCCCCAUCAUUAAUGGUGAACACUCCAAGAUUACUCUAGACACAAAAAACAUCUUCAUUGAGUGCACAGCAACAGACUUAACCAAAGCCAAGCUUGUACUUGACAUGAUGGUCACAAUGUUCUCAGUUUACUGCGAGCAGCCUUUUGUUGUUGAAGCUGUGGAAGUAGUCCAGCCUAAUGGCACAGUUUGUGUUUAUCCAGAACUGCCCUACAGAACAGAGACUGUGAAUGUUGGCCGUAUUUCUAAACAAGUUGGUGCGGAGAUAGAUGCAGCAACAAUGGCCAGGCUGCUGACUAAGAUGUGUCUGGAGAGUGAAGUUCUACCAGGUGGGGACACACUCAAGGUUGUCAUCCCACCCACAAGGGCAGAUAUCCUACAUGAGUGUGACAUCAUGGAAGAUGUAGCCAUGGGGUAUGGUUUUAACAACAUCAAGAAAACUUUUCCAGAUACCAACUGUAUAGCCCAGCAGUACCCUAUCAACAAAUUAAGUGACUUAUUGCGGAGAGAUGUUGCAGCUUGUGGCUUCACUGAGGUUCUGACUUUUGCCUUGUGUUCCAAGUCAGACAUUGCAGACAAGUUAGGUAAAAAAAUUGAAGACUUGAAUGCUGUUCAUAUAUCAAAUCCAAAAACUGCAGAGUUUCAGGUGGCCAGAACAACUUUACUUCCAGGCAUUCUAAAAACUGUUUUCCACAACAAGGGGAUUCCCCUUCCUCUUAGGCUGUUUGAAAUAUCUGAUGUGAUCUAUCAGGAUCCAUCUAAAGAUGUUGGAGCUAGGAAUGAGAGGAGACUUUGUGCCAUCAACUACAACAGAUCUUCAGACUUUGAGGUCAUUCAUGGGCUCUUGGACAGGGUCAUGCAGUUGCUGCAAGUUCCAUUUGGUGGUGCUGGAGGUUAUACGCUAGAGGCUGGAGAUGACCCAACUUUCUUCCCUGGCCGAUGUGCCAAGAUAGUAGCCAGAGGUCAAGUGAUUGGCACCCUGGGUGUGUUACACCCUGAGGUCAUCACCAAGUUUGACCUGAACAUGCCGUGUGCUGCCAUGGAGAUCUCCAUAGAACCUUUCUUAUAACGUGUUGUGUGUGAUCUGUGUAAUCUUCCCUACACUGUCUGGGCUAUGUGUGCUACUGAUGUAAGGGACAGUAUAACUGGAUAUGGAAUGUUUUAAUAUGUUUUAUUUGCCUGUGUUAAACAUUCUGCUUAAUUAUAGAAGAAAUGUUUCAAUUGCUACAUGGAAUAACUUUCAAAAGUUAUUUGUUUUAUUUUCUGCGUAUGAAACAAUGAUCUUAAGUGAUCAGGUUAUGCAAAUUUCUGUUGUUACCAUUAAUUAUUGGUCACUAUCAUGAGGCUGUUCUAAUCCCACUUUUCCACUUGACCCUUACCUUAAUCCUAACACUCCCCCUGUAUUAGAAAGCCUUUGUGUAAGCUAUGCUUGUGUAAUGUAGAAGGAAAUAUGGGAUCAAGGAAUUACUUUAGGAAAGAAAUCUAGACAACGUUCACUUUGUUUUUUUACCCUGUGUAAAUGAGAUUUUGAAACUUACGUUGAGAAUCCUUGGUUUGUUAUGUCAACAUGAAAUAAGAUAUCUUUGUUAGGUGACUAGUGUUUAUGAUGAUCCCAGUUAAUAUCAAUAAAAACAAAUUUAAAUGUCAAAUUUUUAGAUUGAUUGUCAUGUUGUAAGCCUCUCAAGUCAAAAACUAGUGUAUGAAGUUUUGUGUGAUGACAAGCACUUUUCUAUUGUAGUUAACAAAACAUUUGAUUCUGUUUAUUUAUCUUUACAUGCAGCUUGUAUGACUUGUAUUAAUCCAAUAAAUCUAUUCAACAAACUAAAAAAAAACCCUAGUUGACCAGGUGGUAUUUUGUUGACCAAACCCUAGUUGACCAGGUGGUAUUUUGUUGACCAAACCCUAGCUGACCAGGUGGUAUUUUGUUGACCAAACACUAGCUGACCAGGUGGUAUUUUGUUGACCAAACCCUAGCUGACCAGGUGGUAUUUUGUUGAUCAAACCCUAGCUGACCAGGUGGUAUUUUGUUGACCAAACCCUAGCUGACCAGGUGGUAUUUUGUUGACCAAACCCUAGCUGACCUGUGGUAUUUUGU